AUUAAUUAUAUUAUAUUUCAAUUAAAGAGGAAUUUACUAAGUUUUUUUUUUUGAAGAAUUUGUAAUUAUUUACAAGGAUAAUUGAGAGAGAGAAGAAAAAGAUUUCGUAGAGUUUGAAUAUGCAAUCCAUAAAAGUGCGGUGCAGUAGUAUAAUAUGGAGAGAGUCGAAAGCUCCUCGGUUGAAACUCACCCCUUUGCCCAUCUUCGCUUUCUGUUUAAUCCUCUUAUCUUCUGUUGAAGCCACUGCUGAUGAAACUCGGUACUUCUAUUGUGAUGAUGACACAGAAUAUACAAUAAAGGUUCAGAGCGUGGACUUCUCUCCUAAUCCUGUGCCCCAAGGACGGACAGCCACCGUUUCCAUCUCAGCUUCUACUAACGUCAAACUAAGAUUGCAUGCGAUCUGUAGAUUUCCAGACCAUACCUUCAAUGGUGGAACUGUGAGGAUUAAACUUGAACCAGGAUUCAUUUGGCACAUGUAUGAUGUUUGUGACAAGGGCUGGUACCUUCUUGACGUGGAGGUUGUUGAUGAUGGAAAUAAAGUGUUGACCUGUAUUAGUUUCCAAUUCCAGAUUGUUUCCAAUGAUUGUGAUUCUGUCUCUUUCUUGCUCUAAAUCUAUAGCUUAUUAGUGUGAACCAAUCCUGUGGGUGUGUAGGGAUUAAUAAUUAAACAUGUGUGGAGGAAAGAAUGAAUCGAUCCUCUUCCUCCAGUGAUGUUAUCUGUUCUCAGGACUCAGAUUCUAAGAUUG